GUCAGUUGACCUUGUUAUUCGUUCUGACUUUGUUAAUUUAAUCAAUAAUAAAUACACACGAACUGUUAAUAGAUUUGUACAACAACCUUCCGUUUUCUUGAAUUUUUGCUACAAAAAAUCCAUUUAUUUAUACAUUUGUAUUGAAGCAUCUCCACCAAAAUGAUCGCUUGAAUAGAGGGCAUUAUGUACAAACAUAUAUGUUAAUUAUACAACCUGCACAAAUUUCAAAUACGUUGCAUAUUGUUAUACGUUUCAAUCGAACAUCGGCAAAAGAAGAGUGUCGUUACUAUCGGGGAUAUAAUAAACAUAGAAACUUUUAUUUAGGUAUCAACUAAACAAAGCAAUCAAUGGCAAGACCGUUCGAGUGGGUGAAAUUAGAUGCCUUCCAAUGUCCGGUCACAGGAUGUCCUUCAAGGAAACCGAUUGCAUGGGAAUGCUCCCGUUGCCAUAGCGCAAUGUUUUUGAAUGGCCUGGGACAAAUGGUUUGUGAAAAUGGAAAUCACUUUGGUAACAUCUGUGAAUGGAACUGGAACUGCGGCAGUUCCUAUCACAAAGGACGGUUCCAGAGGGCGGACAUGGAGAGCUUUACGUUCGCUUUCUCUCAGGCAGUCCAGCUGAUGGGAAAGAUGGGAAGCCUCUGGGUGGCGCAUCUUAUGACGGAAAUAGAAAAGCAGUACACACGGCAGAAUGAUGGUUAUAAUUAUAACCGACGGGAUGAUGGUUAUUACUAUGACCGUCGGGAUGAUGAUUAUUAUUAUAGCCGACGGAAUGAUGUUUAUUAUUAUGACAGACGGUAUGGCGAUGAUUAUUAUGAUUAUAGGUAGAGCCAUUUUCGUGAUUCACUAUUUUAGCCAUGUUUUAACUGGCGCUUUAUUAUUUGUUAGAACAGUUUUCAACCCUUUUUUUAAACGAACGUAUUUUCAAAUACACAUACAAUGACAUUUUGGUUUGUGAAAGUAUAAUGUUGUUCAUGAUUGUGCACGUGACUCAUUUAAUUGCAUCUUUUCAGCUUUGUUAACUAUUGAAAAAUAUAUUUUCUAUAUUUGGUUUGUAAUUUUGUUCGCCUUUUCAAUGAAAAUAAUACAUGUAUAAUAACUAUAUGCGGUCUGAUGGUAACAGUCUGACCGUGUACGUGUAGUAAAUUGAUGAAUAUCGUAUAAAAUGGAUAUGCUUUUGAUUGGUUGAAUGAAUGCUUGCUUUGGUUUCGAUAUAUUUGUUGAACCAUUCAUUCAAAUAACACAUAACAAUUGACAUAAUC